GAAAGGUUUGGAAAUUGAGGCAAAUGUCGAUGCCCAGCUCGAGGCAAUCCUCCUCCUCCUUCUUCUUCUUCUACAACCUCUCUUCUUCAUCAUUCUUCAUUUCAUUUCUCUUCUUCUUCCUCACUACUGCAACUUUUGCAGCUCCAAACAAAGAAGCUUCCAUUCUAUUCUCAUGGAUACAGUCUUCUCCAACUCCACAUUCCUCUUUUUCUAACUGGAAAAAUCUUGACCCCAACCCAUGCAACUGGACCUACAUAACAUGCUCUCGUCAAGGUUUUGUCACUGACAUCAAUAUACAGUCCGUCCCUCUUGAGCUUCCUUCACCAACCAAUCUCUCUUCUUUUCACUCUCUCAAAAGACUAGUCAUCUAUGAUGCAAAUCUCACUGGCACUAUCCCGGUUGACAUUGGUUAUUGUACAGAACUUACUAUCAUUAAACUUAGCUCAAACAGUCUGGUUGGCUCCAUUCCUGCAGGCAUUGGUAGGCUCCAAAAUCUUCAGGACUUGAUUCUGAACUCUAAUCAGCUAACCGGGAAAAUCCCAGUUGAGUUAGGUAACUGCAAAAGCCUCAAGAAUAUUUGGCUUUAUGAUAACCUUCUUGGCGGAGCUAUCCCAGCUGAGCUAGGAAAAUUGUCCAGUCUUGAAGUUCUUCGAGCUGGAGGGAACAAAGAUAUUGUUGGGAGAAUUCCUGAUGAGAUAGGAGACUGCAGCAACUUGACUGUUUUGGGGCUAGCUGAUACAAGAGUUUCAGGUUCAUUACCACCCUCACUUGGGAAGCUAAGCAAGCUUCAAACAUUGUCUAUAUAUACUACAAUGCUCUCCGGUGAGAUCCCUCCUGAAAUAGGUAACUGCUCUGAGCUUGUAGACUUAUAUCUUUAUGAAAAUAGUCUAUCAGGAUCGAUCCCGCCACAGAUUGGUAAACUUAAAAAGCUUGAACAACUGUUCUUGUGGCAAAAUAGUCUUGUUGGGAGUAUCCCAGAAGAGAUUGGCAAUUGUAGUAAAUUGAUAAAUAUUGAUCUUUCUUUGAAUUCUUUAUCUGGAACCAUACCUUUGUCUUUGGGGGGUCUUUUGGAGCUUCAAGAGUUUAUGAUUAGCAAUAACAAUGUGUCUGGUUCAAUACCUUCAAAUCUCUCCAAUGCUAGUAAUCUUCUGCAGUUGCAACUUGAUACAAACCAGAUUUCAGGUUUGAUCCCACCAGAGCUUGGAAUGUUGUCAAAGCUUACUGUUUUCUUUGCCUGGCAAAACCAGCUUGAAGGAAGCAUUCCUUCAAGUUUGUCUAGCUGUACUGAUCUCCAGGCAUUAGAUUUGUCACAUAAUUCUCUCACUGGUAGCCUUCCUCCUGGCCUGUUUCAACUUCGGAACCUGACAAAGCUUCUGCUGAUUUCGAAUGAUAUUUCUGGUUCUAUACCCCCAGAGAUUGGAAAUUGCAGCUCUCUUGUGCGUUUAAGGCUUGGUAACAACAGGAUCACUGGUGUCAUUCCUAGCGAAAUUGGGAGUCUUAAGCGCUUAAAUUUUCUUGAUUUGUCUAGCAACCGACUUUCUGGCCCAAUUCCAUAUGAGAUUGGGGGUUGCACAGAGUUGCAAAUGAUAGACCUCAGCAACAACAUUCUACAGGGUCCCCUGCCUAACUCAUUGUCAUCUCUAUCUGACCUCCAGGUGUUGGAUGUCUCCAUCAAUCGAUUUGAUGCUCAAAUACCAGCAAGCUUGGGCCGUCUUGUGUCAUUGAACAAGCUAAUUUUAAGCAAGAAUUCAUUGUCUGGAUCAAUACCUUCUGCUCUUGGCCUCUGUUCAAGUCUCCAGUUGCUUGACCUUAGCAGCAAUGAGCUCACUGGAGGCAUACCAACAGAACUUGGUCGAAUAGAAGCCCUUGAGAUUGCUCUUAACUUGAGUUGCAAUGGACUUACAGGGCCAAUCCCUUCUCAAAUGUCAGCACUUAGCAAGCUUUCCAUACUGGACCUUUCCCACAACAAGCUUGAGGGGGACCUGGCUCCACUUGCAGCGCUUGAUAAUCUCGUUUCUCUGAACAUCUCCUACAAUAACUUCGAAGGUUAUCUGCCUGACAACAAGCUUUUUAGGCAGUUACCACCAGCAGACCUGGCUGGAAAUCAAGGCCUAUGUCCUACAAGCCGGGACUCGUGCUUCUUGGGCAGUUAUGGCAGGGCAGGAUUAUCAAGAACUAAAAAUGAGAUAAGGCGAUCGCGGAGGCUUAAACUAGCAAUUGCAUUGUUGAUUACCCUAACAGUGGCAAUGGUUAUUAUGGGGACAAUUGCAAUGAUUAGGGCUCGAAAAACCAUUAGAGAUGAUGAUGAUUCUGAGUUGGGUGACUCAUGGCCAUGGCAAUUCACUCCCUUCCAGAAGCUAAAUUUCUCAGUAGAGCAAGUUUUGAAAUGCCUGGUGGAUGCUAAUGUGAUUGGAAAAGGGUGUUCGGGGGUUGUUUAUCGUGCUGAUAUGGACAAUGGUGAAGUCAUUGCAGUGAAGAAGCUUUGGCCAACAACAAUGGCGGCAUCUGAUGGAUGUAAUGAUGACAAAUGCGGGGUUCGUGAUUCUUUCUCAGCGGAGGUGAAAACGCUUGGUUCAAUCCGUCACAAGAACAUUGUUAGGUUUUUGGGCUGUUGCUGGAAUCGAAAUACAAGAUUACUCAUGUAUGAUUAUAUGCCUAAUGGGAGCUUGGGGAGUCUCCUCCAUGAGAGAACAGGGAAUGCUUUGGAAUGGGAGCUCAGGUACCAAAUUUUGUUGGGGGCAGCACAAGGCGUUGCUUACUUGCACCAUGAUUGUGUCCCUCCAAUUGUUCAUAGGGACAUCAAGGCAAAUAAUAUCCUAAUUGGCCUUGAGUUUGAACCUUACAUUGCUGAUUUUGGCCUUGCCAAGCUUGUAGAUGAUGGUGAUUUUGCUCGUUCCUCCAACACUGUUGCAGGCUCUUAUGGAUAUAUUGCUCCUGAAUAUGGUUACAUGAUGAAGAUUACAGAGAAGAGUGAUGUUUAUAGCUAUGGUGUAGUUGUGUUGGAAGUCUUGACAGGGAAGCAACCAAUUGAUCCAACAAUACCAGAUGGAUUACAUGUCGUUGAUUGGGUUAGACAAAAGAGGGGAGGAAUCGAAGUACUUGAUCCUAGCCUACUGUCUCGACCAGAGUCAGAAAUUGAGGAAAUGAUGCAAGCAUUAGGUAUAGCUUUAUUGUGUGUAAAUUCAUGCCCUGAUGAAAGACCAAACAUGAAAGAUGUGGCAGCAAUGCUGAAGGAGAUUAAACAUGAAAGAGAGGAGUAUGCAAAGGUUGAUGUGCUACUCAAGGGAUCACCAGCAAUUGAUACAAAGGAAAGUAAGAAUUCAAGCACAGUUCCAGCAACAUCAUCAUCAAAACCAGCAAUGCAAAGCUUGUAUCCAAAAAGCAAUAACUCCAGCUUCUCUGCAUCCUCUCUACUUUACUCAUCUUCGCCGAAUCCCAGAGUGGGGUUAAAGUGAUAAAGCCAAAAAUGGUUAUAGGGCAAAGCUUUCUGUGGAAAAGGACUACUGCACUUUCGGCUCUAAAGUUC